GCCCCCGCGCGUUUCCCGCCCUCCGCGGCCGUGAGGGGAGCGGGGGGGCGGCCAUGAAGUGCGUGAUCGGCGGGGCGCAGCUCCGAGUGUUUGGAAGAGCAAUACAUGCCAUAGCACGGAUUAGUGAUGAAUUUUGGUUUGACCCCGUGGAAAAAGGUCUUGCCUUAAGAUCAGUGAACUCCUCGAGGUCAGCAUAUGCAUGUGUGUUCUUCUCGUCCAUGUUCUUCCAACACUACUGCUGGACAGCUGUGUCCCAACCGUGUCAGCAGGAGCAGCAGUUAUCCCUCCCCUGUAAACUGAUCAUUAAGUCAGUUCUCCCUGUGUUUAGAUGUGCAAAUAUGCUGGAAAGGAAUGUAGAGAAAUGCAGCAUCUCCACCAAGCCCAGUGAGCAGCACAUCACCUUCCAGCUGCUCUGCAGGCACGGUGUUGUAAAAACCUAUAACCUGACAUUUCAAGAGUGUGAUCCCUUGCAGGCUGUUUUUGCAAAGCACAUGUGUCCAAACAUUCUUAAAGUCCACUCCAGGCUGCUGGCUGAUGUGAUGAUUCACUUCCCAACCAGUCAGGAAGAAAUAACCUUGUCAGUAACUCCAAUGAAAGUUUGUUUCAAGAGUUACACUGAGGAAGACACUGACUUUUCAAGGACAAUGCUCACUGAGAUACAGCUCAGUCCAGAGGAAUUUGACUACUUUCAAGUUGGAGUAGAUUCUGAAGUGACAUUUUGCCUUAAAGAACUGAGGGGCCUGCUGGCGUUUUCGGAAGCCACCAGCGUUCCCGUGUCCAUCCACUUCGACAGAUGCGGGAAACCCAUCGCUUUCAGCAUCGAGGACCUGCUGCUGGAGGCCAGCUUUAUCCUGGCUACCCUGUGUGAGGCUGAGAAGGAGGCAGCUUCCCCAGAGCCCGCCUGCUGCCCACGGCCCCGCGGCAGCUCAAGGACUGGCAUGGAUAAAUCUGACCACCCCUCCACAGAUGGGGCCAGAAAGGCAGACACAGCCGCUUCCAAAAAGCCACAGCAGAAGGGAAACACUCCGAGCAUGGGCUCAGCAAAACCUUCAAGUGAUUCAGCAAAGCAAGAGGUAAAAAAUACUCCCAGAGGCUCAGAGAGGGAUGUGCCAGGCAGAGCAGGAGCAGGAGAGGCCACAGAAGCUCCUUUUGAGAAGGUGAGGGAACUCCCCACGGUGUCAGCAGUGGAAGCCCAGAGCUGCUGCCUGGCUGAGCAGCCCCACGUGCACUGGGGGGUUCAGUGGGAUCAGCUGGCCCAGCAGCACAGCUGGAAAACCCCACCACUGCUGGCAGCACUCCUGGGGGCAGGGGGUUUCACUGGGGAACAAAUGAAUGCCCAAAUUCUGUAUCAUGGAGUUCUUACCUGUACAAUACUGCAUUUUCCAGUUCCAUUCCCUGUUCUUUGGAGCUGUCUCUUCCAAGAAGAAGGAGGCCAUUGGUGACACCUUCCAGAGUUUGGUGACAGCCAGUGACACUGAGGAGGAGUUUGGUGCCUUGCAGAGCUCCCCGGUUCUGUAGUGCAGGGGUCGGGGUCCAAGGACAGGCACCGGGCAGUGCCCAGGAGGGAAGGGCAGUGCAGGCCCAGCCUGUCAUUGGUGCUGUGACCCAGCAGCACAGAACGUUCUGGAACUGUCAGUGCUCUGGUAAUGGCACAAAUUUAGGUCACGACUGCCUCCGUUGAGGUUUGAGUGUUCCGCAGGAGCUGCUGGAGGUUCUGCUCUCAGAACACGCUCACUAGAGAGAGGCUCAGAUGAAUUCAAACUCUGUUAUUACCACAUCAGGCAAAUGAAGCCGCUGUUCUGGUUAAGGGUGCUGGAAAAAUAACCCAACUCUGCCCUCAGUCACAGCCAAACACAGCCCAGCUCCAGGAGAACUCAGCUUUUUACAGAGACUCUGUAGAACCAAUCCUUAACCAAGAAACCAAAGUUGUC